ACUCCAUUUUCAACCCUUCUCUCUACCAUAUCUCUCUCAAUUCUCCACCAAAUCAACCCAUUCCUCCACCAAAAUACUCCCCUCACUCUCCUCUCCAUAUCUAUACCCAAAAAUUCCCUUUUUCCCGAAAUAUCCACCAAAUCCAAAAUACCCUACCCCCAUUCAAAUUUUUGGAUUUCAAGCUCAAAAUCAUCAACAAUGGCUCCAAGGAAGGACAAAGGGCAGAGUUCUAGAGCUAUGGUACCCGUCCCGGGCUUCGAGGACCUCAUUGGUUCCCUCUCCAGAGCCGGCACAUGUUGGGAUGAGUCUGCGCUUGGCUUUCUUGAUGGAUUCACACUUUCAAACUUUCAUCGAUUCAUAGGUUUCUGGUAUUCUUCUUGGAUUCGUUGAGUCUCCAGUUCUUCUUGGAUUGGCUAGUUCUCUAAUUUGUCUCUAAUUCGCAGCUUCUCAGAUUCAUGUUCGGCAUGACUAAUUGAUACCUAGUUCUAACUUUUAAAGAGCAGUCAUGGAAAAAGGGUGAAAAACAAACAAACAAGAAGCUUCCUUGUUAGGCAUCAGCCUAAUCAGUAGUUUUAAAUAAGGGGGUUAGGGGAGUUAAAUAGCUUAUUAAGUGCCUCUAGCUUAUUUAGUUGUCUAUUUAGUCCCUGCGUGGACUUUUGCUAUAAAUAGAAGCGGGGGUAGCCAUAAUAGGCAGACUGUCAUUUGAUUAAAUGUUGCCUUGUUGCCUUGUUGCCUAAGAAGUCCCUGUCCCUGAGUUACCUACGGUUUAUCUACGUUUAUCAAUAAACCCUAUUUCUCUAUCCUUCAUCAGAUUCCUGCUGAUUAUUUUACUGUAAUUGCUCAGAUCUGUCCAGGUACCUAUCAUUGGUAUCAGAGCAUUCGCUCCUGAGAAUCGGAUUGAAGUGGCGACCAGAAAUGGAAGAAAUCUGGACUCCAGAAAUGGAGGCUCGCAUGGAUAAGCUCGAACUGGAGAUGAAGACGGCUAUGGCAGACUUCGUGACAACGAUGAAGGAACAGAUUCAGAGCAACAUCGAAGCAUCUAUAGCAGCCAUGAUGGAACAAGUUCCGUCCAGGAGAAAUUCACGACCACAACAGCAUCAUCAUUCGCGAUCAUCACGUUGUCCAGUUUCUAAUAGUUCGCAGAUGCGAACUAAAUCUCCUGUAGCAUCGCAGAUGCGAACUUCUACAUCGCAACUUUUUCCAUCGCAGGUUGUAUCUCCCAGUGCGUCGCGAACUUCCGCUCUCAGUUCUGCACAGACUGUGUCGCACGUUGAAGUUCCCAAAUCGCAAUCAACAACUUCGUCGCUAUCAGUUGUUCUGAGUUCGCAGGAUUCUUCUGAGUCUCCAGCCGCGUCUCAGAGAUCCAGUUCGUCUUCGCUACUCCUAUUUCACCAAUCGUCAUCCCAAAAGGCUUCUAACAGUUCGCAGAGGGCAUGUGAAAUCAAGUCGCACAGUGUUCUCGCCUAUUCUUCCUCUUCGCAAAUUGAUUCGCACUCAGACUCUCCAGGUUUGCAGAAGGAGUCGGUUAACCUGCUGCAACCUUCCUAUGUUGAUAGAAGUGUUUCACGAGCCAGAGCAAAUGCAAAGAAGCUCAACGAGGACAACGAUGAAAACCAGGAGAAAUGGCCAGCUGAUUCUCUUACUUGGCAAGCUUCCCAGCUCACUUUCGAAUUCAUUAAUCAGCCACGACCUAUUUCUGAAGAUAGAUUCAUUGAGGAUGAGGAAAGACAAGAGGAGAAGUCUUAUGUGGUAACUCAAGCCUCUAGUGCCAUUGAAUAUGAAUUAACUGAAGAUUCCAAUACUACUGUCACAGUACAAGUAGACGGGCAUCAAGCGACCUCAAAUACUGAUGUUAUUAAUGGGCUUAAUAGCAAAGAGGGUGAUGCAGUACUCCAUAGAGUCAUAGAGAAUGGACUAUCAUCAGACAUUAUACAUGAAGCCACCACAGUGCACCGGUCAGUACUUGAUAUUGCCAUAUAUCAGAAAGAGGCACCAUUAGGGAACAUUUUGAGAACCAUUUCUCUGGAUUUGGGUGCUUGGACUACCUGUAUAAAAAAUAUAGCAGAGGUGAACAUUAUGAAGAAGUAUGCAGAUCUAGAGAAAAGUAUUGCUUCUAGGGAUAAAGUUGUGGAGGUUCUGGGAAUUCCAAAUCAACAGUUAGAUCGCUACUUUGAAGAUUCCAAGGUGUUGGUUGGCAGGAGGCCACUAUCACAAUGGCAAACUGAUGAAGAAAAGGAAUCUGCUGCUGUGUAUGCUAGAUCGGGAACUACCAUUGAUGCCAGAAUGGUUGCUAAGAAUGCUAGGGGAAGGACACCAGUUUAUAUUCUUUUGUUAAAUGGGGGUGUAGGUUUUGAAAACAUGGUUCACAUACUGACUAAUAGAAGAGGGAUGGAGAAGAGUGUUGCUUAUACUGACAAUCAGGACCAAGCUAUUGUGUUUGAAGGUGUUGUAUUAUUUUGGGAUGCUUUCGCUAGGCAAUUGGGGAAGAAUGACUUAAAGAGGAGUGCAAUUGAAGAAUCAGUCUUCAUUCGCUUAAAUGUCAAAUCUGGGACGACAGUUAAGGGUUUCAGUUUGAUACUAUCUGCAAUGUGGGACUCCUCUAAUGCUGAACUGAGAUGGACUGACGAGUUGGGUCUCAAAUACCAUUUGGGUAGAAUCAGAGUGGACUUGGACCCUAAUAUUCAGGCUGCUGUUAACGGACUGGAAGCUGAAGCAAAAUGUCAACCUUACAAAAUGGUCUUAUGCUCCAAUGAUUUAGAAGAGAACUUUUCCAGUGGUGUUCUUUUAAUGGAAACCAAGCCAGGGGAAGAUGUUGGAAUUAUGAAAGUGGAACCUUACUUGCAGGGAAGAAUCGUUAUGGCUUCAUUCUCCAUACUUGGGUUAAUUAAGUUGGAUGCAGAACCAGUCAGGGAAGCAAAGAGGUUUCAGGAAUUCUCCUCUAAUGGUCUGUUUGGAAAAUUGUUUACACGCGCAUCAGACCUGAAGGAAAAAGGAGCUGAGCUUUCACUAGCACCGGGUAUAGUAAAAGGUGCUGAUAAUGAUGAGCUUCAUGGAUUCUGCAACCUUGGAGUUAUGUAUCUGAAUGUGCUUGAGGAUAUCUUUGUUGGGCCCAAAGGUAUAGUCAAGGAGGUUUUUCAACCCACAAUUCUGGAAGUCCUAAAGAGAUCUACUGAUAGAACAGCUGAAGUAUGGAUGGGUGUCCUUGUAAAGGUUAAAGCUGGUUUGCUCUGUGAUUCCUUCAGUGAUGAAACCCCUCAGAUUCUUUCUAUUUUAGAGAAGAUACUGCGCAAUUAUGAGGGAGAUCUGGGUAAUCAAGUUGCUGCGGUUCUCUACGAUGUGGCAGCUGAAAUUACUACAAGGGCAGCUGGGUUUUAUCUUGCAGAACCUUUAUAUGAUGAAAUUGGUUACAAAGGAGAGGUUUCAAGUGUAAUUCCAGGGAGUUCUUAUAUGCAGUUUCCGCUCCUGUUUGCUUUGAAAGAUGUGAAGAUGAAAAGUCAAGCAAUGAAGUUCAGGGGAAAGCAAGCUGGGAGGUAUUGGGAAGGGAGAGGUGCAAGAAUCAAGUCCAAGCGGAAGAUCAUGGCUGACUCCUAUCACCCACCUUGAGGGCAAGGUGGUUGUUUAGGGGGGGAGUAAUGUUAGGCAUCAGCCUAAUCAGUAGUUUUAAAUAAGGGGGUUAGGGGAGUUAAAUAGCUUAUUAAGUGCCUCUAGCUUAUUUAGUUGUCUAUUUAGUCCCUGCGUGGACUUUUGCUAUAAAUAGAAGCGGGGGUAGCCAUAAUAGGCAGACUGUCAUUUGAUUAAAUGUUGCCUUGUUGCCUUGUUGCCUAAGAAGUCCCUGUCCCUGAGUUACCUACGGUUUAUCUACGUUUAUCAAUAAACCCUAUUUCUCUAUCCUUCAUCAGAUUCCUGCUGAUUAUUUUACUGUAAUUGCUCAGAUCUGUCCAGGUACCUAUCAUUCCUAAAUUGUUAGCACCUAGAGCUCAAAUGAGUGGAAACAUUGCCCAGUGCCCACAUCCGCUAACCAUUAACAUAAUUCAUCUAUAUUUUGCCGGUUCUCAUAUUAUUCUCUGACUUUUCUAGUUAAUCACUAGGUUUCACAUUCCUAGCUUAGUUUUUAUCCAUUUUACACUGUUAUGCAUAAAUUGUUUUUUGAGUUUGAUUUAGGUUCUGAAAGACUGAAAGUAGUGCUUGAAUGACUACAAUUUCUGCUGUUCUUGACACUUCACUUAGAAUUUCUAUUGGAUUUUGUAUGUUAUGAAUUUCUUUCUAUUGGGAGUAAAGGCUGAAAUUUAUUUCUAUGAAAAUCUUGAGCUGUAUUCUGCCUUCCUGCUUUAAAAUAUGCAUCAAACAGACUGUAAAGUAUACUUUUGGAAUGGUAUAUUAAUAUAUUAUUAUUAUUAGAUUACUACUUUUAAUUUUGUAUUUGGUUUUUACUAACAAGUUCUCAAGUACAAAUCUGUGUGUAUUUUCCUUUCUAUUUUUAUAUUUUUACUAUAGAUAUUUCAUUAACUUCCCCUCAUGGACUCUGUUUUUGUAAUUCAUCUUUGAUCAGAUUUAGUUGUUCUUUGGGAAGAUCUGUUAGAAUCUGCAAUUGUAGUCUAACAGAUCACAGAAUUGAUUCAAGAACUCAAGGCAACUUUUAUUACUUAAGCAACAAGAUAGAGAUACACUCUGAUCUUCCCAGAACCAAUUACAAGUCAAAAACAGCCUACUAACAACUUCCAAAUGUAUUCUAUUCAUAGUAAGUAAAGCUAACCACCGGCAGUUAUUAGCUCAUAACAGACUAUACUAAUAACAACCCUACUUCCUUCUAGAAUACACUUUAUUAGAGUAUUUAUCUCCUCUCUUCAAAUUAGUAAAGUCUCUAUCAAAUCUCCCCUCCUGAAAAUCCAACUUGCCCUCAAGUUGGAAAGAUAUGAACCACGUUUGGGAUUCAGCUUCCUCCUGGUGCCUCUCCCUUCCCAGUACUUAGUUGAUGGUGGUAUCAUAUGUUCCCAUACUUCUAGUCCUCUAGAUAAAAGACUCCUGACCAGCCUCAGCCUAGCAUUUGCUUCUGACUUCACCCUAUCUUUUGACUUAAACUUCACACUGAAUAGCUCAUGCAGAACUUCAUUCUCCCAUAUGUCAGAAGUAAGUUUAAGAGAACUUGAAUCAUAAUGAGUUUCUCCUUCUGAAUUUAAGAAUUCAGCUAUUCCCAACUGUAUUCCCCAAUCAUGAACCCGAAGCAUCAUUGGAUCCACUAUACUGCACACCCUGCUGUCAAAAUUGAGAAUAGGUUUAUUUCCCUUGUAUAAUGCACCUGUCUGCUGAAAAUCAGAGAGCUCCACUGCAGCAUUAAAGGAAGUAACAAUUGCCAAAUGAUCAUAAGUCCAGUGAAAUCCCUGGCUUUUCUUUCCCAAAUGAAUUUCUGGCAUUCCAAUCGACCUUGCCAUAAAAUGGACCGGAUUGCCAUAGAAAUUUUCUAAAAUAUUUGGUGCAACAACAACUUCGCUUAGAGCUUGCUGGUAACUCUUAAGAGUCGCCCUCUGUAAUACCCUCGCAAUUAUGUCCACAACAUCAGGGAGUGCAUGGGUUGAUAGGCUAUGACCUGUCUUGUCAGAAUUGUCUCCCACUCUUAGAUAUCUUUCUGAUGCUUUCCAUGGGUUAAGUAGGCCAAACUUGGGGCAGCUUCUCAUACUUUCAACAAUUGGCUGCAAUUCCAUCCCUCGAACUUCUGCAACUUGUAUAAGUGAUUCUUCAGUUAUGUGAUCCAAUAUGGUAUCAUAGCAGGAAAACUUUACCCCCUUUCCUUGCACAAAUUUGAACUCCUCAGCAAGUAAAGAACCUGAUAAGUUUGUGACACUUAGGGUUGCAAGUUGCAAUGAAUUUCUGCCAAGAUGUUGGAAAUGACUAAACUGCCAAGUUGCAAUGAAUUUCUGCCAAAAAUGAUAGCAGAUUCUCCUGAAACAAGCUCAACCUCCUCCUUUUGAUCCUCUAUACCAGAUAUCCUUUUACCAAUGCAUAAAUUUUCUGAAAACAUUUCCUUUGGUUG